CUUACCUUGGGAAGAGGGUUCAGUUGUACCAUCCUGCUGCGUAGGCUGACUUACUGAUUUGAUUAUUUUUCUUUAACAGCUGAAAGCUGAUGUUGUUCCAAAGACAGCAGAAAACUUUAGAGCUCUUUGUACUGGUGAAAAAGGAUUUGGGUAUAAAGGAUCCACUUUCCACAGAGUGAUUCCUUCAUUUAUGUGCCAGGGUGGUGACUUUACAAAUCAUAAUGGAACUGGUGGAAAAUCCAUUUAUGGCAGUAGGUUUCCAGAUGAAAAUUUCCUACUUAAGCAUGUAGGACCUGGUGUUCUUUCAAUGGCCAAUGCAGGACCCAAUACAAAUGGAUCUCAGUUCUUCAUUUGCACUGCAAAAACUGACUGGCUAGAUGGAAAACAUGUUGUUUUUGGGCAUGUAAAGGAGGGAAUGGAUGUUGUGAAAAAAAUCGAGAGCUUUGGUUCCAAGAGUGGAAAGACCUCCAGAAGGAUUAUCAUUACUGACUGUGGACAACUGUCCUAGCCUCUUGCCCUACCAUUCAUGACUUCAGCUCUGUCAAAAAUGAAUCAAGAAACCCCCAAAACAUUUCUGAUCCCAUGAGUAGCAUUUAUGGAACCGUCUUUUCUAUUUAACUUGGUCCAGCUUUUAUAUUUAAAUUGAAUAAUAUUAAUUAAAAGCAUCAAUAACUGAAACAUGUUUCAACUGAGCUACCUUGGUAGUCACACUGAUUUGGUGGAGUCCCAUUGUGUUUUGAAAGGAGUAGUACAGUCAUCCAGAGCAUAUAUAACUCCAGUGUUGAUACUGUUCUUACUAUUCAGAUGUUUCAGGUGUUAGAAUCGGUGGUGGAGUUGACAAUUUAAGUGUUCUAUAGUUGCAGAUUAGCUAUAGAUUAAGAAAUACCAUGUUUCCUUUAGUCCCAGUAAAUGCCUAUUCUGUUUUGUCUCAUCACUUUGAAAAAAUAAUACUAACUAGUGCUCUCAAGGCUGUCUGCAACACAACUGUCAGAUGUUUUCUUUCCAUGUCUCAAUUUAAGUGUAUGCAUUAGAAUUAAUGUGGGUUUUUAAAAACUAAUUCUGUUUUAAUCUUUUUUUUUUUUUUGGUAGUCUCAGACCACUGUUUAAAACUGAACUCUACCUUACCUUCCUUCACUGGAGUAAUUUGACUCUUAGGUUAAGUAAAUUGCGUAGGUUGAGUUAGCGUACCGCUAGAGUUCCUCCUGGGCAAUAAGACCACAAAUUAGCCAAAAGAUUGUGGGACUUUUUUUACUAUGCAACUGUGAACUUAGUUGAAGUGCAGUUCUGCUCUGCAAUCUGGUUCCGUGAGGAAUACACCACAGUUCUCAAUAGAUAAAGCCUGGUUUUGCACUUUGAGAAUGUAACCAGACUAGAUUGAGCUUACUUGAGUGAGAAAUAGGUUUCAUUGCUUUUUUGUCGUGUUGGUCCUGCAAAGUCAGCCCACCUUGGGUAUUACUUGGAUUAUGAUUUCUUCUCAUACAUCAUCAUCAUCACAAGUCAAAAUUGGUCACCGCAAAAUCACAAGGCCUAAGUGGUGCAGCAAAAUCAUUAGUGUUGGACUGGAUGCACAAGAAGGAAAGAACUCAGCUGAUCAAAUAAACAUGUUUUUAUAAAAUGAUGUUUUAUGGGGAGUGCUUGAGCAGCAGCAAAUACGGGAACCACGCUUUUAGAAUUGUUAAAGCUGUAAAGCAUUAAUUCUUGUGGGGAAAAACCACUUGACUGUUUCUGUGCAAUAAUCUUAUUACUGAAGAGAAAAAUAAAAUGUGAUGUCUCUCUUCAAAUGUGAAUUUACUUCCAUUACACUCUGAUAAUAUGUGGGUUUAAAACUGUUUUGCACUGGAUUUUUUUUUUUCACCAAGGGCUGCAUUCUUGUAUGUAUGAGGUAGUAUUCAGAGUGUAAUUUUGCAGAAAAUGGAAUUGAAAAGCUUUUUAUUCUUUACGCUAUACUUGUUUCAUUGUAGUAUUUUUGAAAUAUUAAUUUGUGCUAGUUUGGAUUAUUUCAGUUUGAUAGAACAAUGAUUUUUUUUUUUGAGUUCUCUUAAUUUGUAUAUGAAAAAUAAUUAAACACAGUUCUACCACAAAACAGUCUGGUUU